GGGAGCCCAGAGGAGGAGGAGAGAGCUCCGGGGCGCUCAGGACGCGCGGGAGAAUCUUUCCCAGCGCUUUCUGCCUAGGGAAGGGCUCAGCUCUCCAACGCGCAUCCGAGCCUUUCAGCUCAUCCAGAACCAAGUGACGGGGCAAUUAGAAAGAAGGUGCUUGCUAACAUUCCCAGUCCUAAAAAGUGAGCCUGCUACUUGAUUUGCAAAGGUAGAAAUACUCACGGGCCGCGGCCGCAGCAGCAAGAAUAAGAAAGGCGAAAUUGAUUAGGGACUGGCUCCUUUCUGAGUCUCCCGACUGGCAUGGCAUCUGUCCUGGGGAGCGGCAGAGGAUCUGGAGGGCUAAGCAGUCAACUCAAAUGCAAGUCCAAGAGGAGAAGGAGGAGGAGGUCCAAGAGGAAAGACAAAGUAAGCAUAUUGUCAACCUUCCUCGCUCCCUUCAAGUACCUAAGUCCUGGCACCACAAACACGGAGGAUGAAGACAAUCUAAGUACCAGCAGUGCUGAAGUGAAGGAAAAUCGAAACGUGAGCAACCUGGGGACUAGGCCCCUGCCCCCUGGAGACUGGGCCAGAGGCAGCACGCCCAGCAUUAAAAGGAAAAGGCCACUGGAGGAAGGAAAUGCAGGGCAUUUCUGCAAACUCCAGCUGAUCUGGAAGAAGCUCUCCUGGUCUAUGACACCCAAGAAUGCGCUGGUCCAGCUGCACGAGCUGAAGCCAGGUCUGCAGUACCGGAUGGUGUCACAAACUGGCCCAGUACACGCCCCAGUCUUCGCGGUGGCUGUAGAAGUGAACGGGCUCACGUUUGAAGGCACAGGGCCCACUAAGAAGAAAGCCAAGAUGCGGGCAGCAGAGAUGGCCCUGAAGUCCUUCGUGCAGUUCCCCAAUGCAUUCCAGGCCCACCUGGCCAUGGGCACUAGUACCAGUUCAUGCACUGACUUCACCUCUGACCAGGCCGACUUCCCAGACACAUUGUUCAAGGAGUUUGAACCAUCCUCAAGAAAUGAGGACUUCCCAGGCUGUGGUCCCGUCGACACUGAAUUUCUGUCCUCUGCCUACCGGCGAGGACGGCUACUCUACCACACACUGGACCUCAUGGGCCAGGCUCUGCCUGACAGGUCCAGGCUGGCCCCCGGGGCCCUGGGUGAGAGGAACCCUGUAGUGGUGCUGAAUGAGUUACGCUCAGGUCUGCGGUAUGUGUGCCUCUCGGAAACAGCCGAGAAGCCCCGAGUCAAGAGUUUUGUCAUGGCUGUGUGCGUGGACGGGAGGACGUUCGAAGGCUCUGGACGCAGCAAGAAGCUGGCCAAGGGCCAGGCAGCACAAGCUGCCUUACAGGCCCUCUUCGACAUCCGGCUGCCUGGCCACACACCCAGCAGAAGUAAAAACAACCUCUUGCCACAGGAUUUUGCAGACUCUGUGUCCCAGCUGGUUACACAGAAGUUCCGUGAACUGACAGUCGGCCUGACAUCUGUGUAUGCCCGCCACAAAUCACUGGCAGGAAUCGUCAUGACAAAAGGCUUGGACACCAAACAAGCGCAGGUCAUCGUCCUCUCCUCUGGGACCAAGUGUAUCAGCGGUGAGCACAUCAGUGACCAGGGGCUCGUUGUCAACGACUGCCAUGCUGAAAUUGUGGCCAGGCGGGCAUUUCUUCACUUCCUGUACACUCAGCUGGAGCUGCACUUGAGCAAACACCGAGAGGACUCCGAGAGAUCAAUAUUUAUUCGUUUAAAGGAAGGAGGCUACAGGCUUCGAGAAAACAUCUUCUUCCAUCUCUAUGUGAGCACGUCCCCCUGCGGAGAUGCCAGACUCAACUCUCCCUACGAAAUCACAACAGAUUUGAACAGCAGCAAACACAUCGUCAGGAAGUUCCGAGGCCACCUGCGCACCAAGAUUGAGUCUGGGGAAGGGACAGUGCCUGUCCGGGGCCCCAGUGCAGUCCAGACAUGGGAUGGCAUCCUGCUGGGGGAGCAGCUAGUCACCAUGUCCUGCACAGACAAGAUUGCCAGCUGGAAUGUGCUGGGACUACAAGGUGCUCUCCUCUGUCACUUCAUCGAGCCUGUGUACCUCCACAGCAUCAUUGUGGGAAGCCUGCACCACACGGGCCACCUUGCACGGGUCAUGAGCCACAGGAUGGAGGGCAUCGGUCAGCUGCCUGCCUCCUACCGGCAAAACAGGCCUCUCCUUAGUGGCGUGAGUAACACCGAGGCACGGCAGCCGGGAAAGUCUCCCCAUUUCAGUGCCAACUGGAUCGUGGGCAGCGCUGACCUGGAGAUCAUUAACGCCACAACUGGGAAGAGGAGCAGUGGGGGCUCAUCCCGGCUCUGCAAGCACGUGUUUUCUGCUCGGUGGGCACGGCUGCAUGGUAGGCUAAGCACACGGAUCCCUGGCCAUGGAGAAACACCGUCCAUGUACUGUGAGGCCAAGCUGGGGGCUCACACCUACCAGUCUGUUAAACAGCAGCUCUUCAAGGCUUUUCAGAGAGCUGGUCUUGGCACCUGGGUGAGAAAACCACCAGAGCAAGAUCAGUUUCUACUAAGUCUCUAAGACUCCUUUGCUAUUGGACCAGAAUGGAAUGUCUGGAGGGGAUGCAGCCGUAUGAUGGUGUGGUGUGUCCAUCAAUUCUUGACAUUUAUUCUCCUUCAGUGUUCAGGAACACAUGUGUCCAUGUUUGGAUGGGAGAGUAGAUUUGAGUUUUGGUCAUGCUAUUUCUCCCUGGGUUGUUAGUUCCAAGAAUUCUGUCCACAUAGAUAGAGGUAGAACCACUAUUGCAUCAGCCCCAUCCCUUACUGGGUGUCAAAAGGAAAUAAUCUAUUUGGGCAAGAGGAGCUUAGAGGCAAGAUUGAAAUAUGGUACUUAAGUGUAGCCUCAUGCAUCAUCCUCUGUGCUUCCUCUUGCCACGGGCCUCUCUCGUGGUGUGAUUGAGUCUCGCCAGCACAAGUUUAUAUGACUUCAAGAUAAGCCACAGGUAAAAAGAAAAGCCAUGGGCUCCCCAAUUCCAAAGAACCCAACAGGAAUGCUAUAUUGUCUUCAUUAUUCAUUCAGGCCUUUCCACUUUCUAUCAAAAAAGACUUGGGAUGGACACUGUUAAAGAGCAACUAAAGUAAAUAAAACCAUGUUUAUGACAGGAAGGAAUAGACACCUAAGACACAAAAGAGUCAUGAUCUGUGAUGCAAGGAAACUGCUUUUAAACUGCCCAAUGGUAGAAUGUUUCAAACAAGCCUAGGCGAUUGACUUGAUCACAACCUUUUCAUUGCUUUUCAUAGAUAAUGACAGCCAUGGAAGUGAGAACUGCAGAAUGCUUAACUACUACCCAAUAAUAGCAGAUAAAGUAAUGAAACUGAGUCUUAGAUCAAAUUCUGAAUUUUUAAAUGAAUUUUUAUUAUAAAAAAAGCAUACACAUAAAACAUUCAACAAAAUCUUUAGGUUUGAGGAGCUACUCGAUCUCUAUCAUUUUAGGUUCCUUAAUCAUCAUCUUGCAUGAAUAAAAUAAUAAUUAUUAUAACAAUAAUAAUGAUGACUUACCAUAGCUGCAAAAUUUAAAGAAACAGAGUUAUGCCACGUAUAGAAUGGGUAUCAAAGUUUGUGGCUAUACAUAAAUCUUUUUAUUAUUUAGUCUAUAUCAUGAUCCCUAAGAGAAGACCCAGGCAAAGAAAGGCAUGUCACUAACAUAUUUUUAGUCAACCCAUGUUCCUUUAAUUAAUUUUUUCCACUUGGAACUCAUUUCAACAUUCAUCAAGCUAUUUAACAUGUGCAUAAUCUUUUUUUGUUGUUUAAACAAAUCCCAUCUGAUGGGCUGUAGAGAUGGCUCAGCAGUUAAGAGUACUUGGUGCUCCUAGAGAGGACUCUGGUUCAUUUCCCAGCACCCACUGGCAGCUUACAACCAUCCAUAACUCCAGCUCCAGUGGUUACAAUACCCUCUUCUGGCCUCUGAGGGCUCCAUGCACCCAUGAAGUACACUUAUAUACAUGUGGGCAAACUAUCAUACACAUAAAAUAAAAAUAAAUAAUCCCUUUUUAAUUCCAUCUGAAAUACAUUAUUGUUUUUUUGUUUUGUUUUUAAAAGUAUAGGAGGAGCCACUUCUAGAAUAUGGGAUUCCUGGUUAGAAUUCCAGCUUAUCAAUCCUCAAUAAAAAUUCAACCAUUACAUCAUAAUGUAUAUAUUCUAACAUGUAUUGCAGAUAUCACAAGAAUGAGGUAAAAACAUGAAAUACAUUGAACUGCAGUUAUCUGAUGCAAUAAAAAGAAGAGUGGAGAUAUUAAGUCCUUGGAUUUAAUAUGAGACCACAUUUAUCAUUAAAGUCCUUUGAGGAAAGAAUAUGAGCUCAUUGUAAAAACAUUUUCAAGAUAAACUUUCAAAGACGUGCAAGUAUUUUUACAAAUAAAUGGUUAAUAGUAAUCUUUCAUAAAUCCUGAGGAAAACGGAAUCUUCAUUCAGUGUAAAGGCUACGAUCAAAGAGCCAGCUUGUAGUAAUCUCUGAUAACUUGAUGUAUAACUAGGAGGAAGCUUAGAGACCCAAGAAACCUUGAGAGCUGAGUUGUGGCUUCUGUGUUGUCUUUCCACUGUUAGGUACAGUUACUUCCUGGCUGAAAUCUAAGACCUCCCUCAAACCAUUUGUAUUUUGAGGAGUGGAAUGGAGAAUGCACAGCACUUCACAUCAGUGUGAUCCAAACAGUGUUAUCAGUUAUAAAAAGAUUGGCAUUAACUGCAGGGUCUUAAAUGUUUCUAUCAUGUGAUGAAAAGAGGAAGAAUUGGCCACCUUUCAAGUAUUCUCAGUAGCAACCGCCACGUAGACCUAUGCAAGAGACACAGAAAGCAGUUGCUUACCCAAAACAGUGAACACCAUCAUGUGCAUAAAUUGCCGGUCUAGGGUUAGGACUCAUGGUGUCUAAGGUACUGUUUUUCCGGAAACAACCCAAACUUUCCUAAAGAUAACUUCUUGAAAAAAAAAAGUCACCCAUCAAAUUUAUUCUAUCUGUUAGCACUAACAUAGAGAUUCUCUUAUUUACUUUAAUUAUGUAUGCGUGGAGGGUAUGUGCAUAUGUACAUGUGUGUGCAGGUGCCUGUGGGAGGCUGAGGAGGGUGUCAGAGCUGCUGCAGCUAGAGUUAUAGGCAAUUUUGGGACACCUAUGUGGGUCCUCUGGAAGAUGCUCUUAACCACUGAGCCAACUCUGCAGCCCUGAGAAUCACUUAUUAAGUCAACAGGCUAUUCCUGGAGAGGAGAGCUCUCAUAUGUGAGCAGGAGAAGACAUUUCUGAUGCUGCAAAUGCGAUUUUAAGACACUAGGGCUUUUCCACAGAGACAUCAUAGACAAUGCUUUUUUUAAUAGUUGAAUGUCUUGCAAGCUCCUUGUCAGAGUGAGUGUGACAUAAGAGAGAGAUGGGAGGAAGGAAGCAGAGGGUCCCUGACUCUGUUCAAUGAAAAGAGAGUUGCUGAAAUUAUUUAUCUAAAGUGAAACCUGCCACAUACUGAGAAGCAGAGAUCAUGGAAUCUUCAAGAAACAGGAAAAAAACAAAGAGGCAUUAAGAGGGAAGAAUGAAAGGCCUGUGACAUUUCUUAUCUGGAGUAGACAGGUAGCCACAUCAGAAUUUCACACCUACACCAUACAGGACAUGUAUGUGCUGCCCCUGACCCACAGAAACCCCACCCACUCCAGAAGUAGCCAGUCACAGGAUCUGGUGAGCAUGGACUAAACCCUGAAAGAGUAAGUAGAAAAAGCCUGAGGAUUUUUCUCACCGUGGUAUCCACAAAGCAUUCCAACACUACCUUAGGAUGCCCUGCGUUUUAACUAUUGAGUUAGUGACUUGGGAGUGGCUUAAAAACACCCCAUCUGAAGUUUCUAUAAGAACGAAACACAAAUAGGUCAUAUUUAUCUUUUAGUCACCCUGAAAACAAAUACAGUCAAACAAAUCAAAAAGAAUAUAAGUAGACUAUAAAGAGGACAGGCAGGUAUCUCAGCCACCUUGGCUGUUCCUUAUCCACCUGAUUUAUCUCAAAACUACCCUGUAUCUCUUUGAUCUUUACACCCUUUGUUUUCAAAUCUUCUGUCUUCUGUAUUCACACCCAUUGAGUCUCACUUCUAAAGUCCAAAUAGAAGGAGGUCAGCAUCAUCUUUAUCUGCCUCCAAAACACA